GAAAAAAAUGCGGAAAAGAUUUACUGUCUGCCAUAACACACAAGCACUAGCAAGUUUCUCUGCUUAAAUGUACUUGUGUGAUUCUUUUUAUUGCCGUCUGAGAAAUCUGUAUAUGCACGUGUUCAAUCAUUUUUAAGGGGGAGGAUAUGAGCAGAUGUAAUGGAAGGAAACGAGGGUUUGGACGCGAAUCCUUUGAUUCCAGAUGAAGAGUCUCUUAUUGAGGGUGUGAGUGACCCGGUUUUGCUGGUGCUGGUGUUGAGCGUGACGGUUCUGGCUGGUCUGGUGACUCUGCUGUGCAGGACUGAACAGCAGAGGAUUCAUCCAGAGAGUCAGGAGCAUGUGCGUGUGGUCAGAGAGCAGCUUCAAAACGAGCAGGUGUCGUCUUCAGAGUCCAGACAUCAGUACUACUCCGAUAUGUCGUGUCCCGUGUGUCUGCAGCAGGCCGUACUGCCCGUAGAGACUAACUGCGGCCACCUCUUCUGUGGUCCGUGCAUCAUCGCGUACUGGCGUUAUGGAACCUGGCUUGGUGCGAUCAACUGCCCCAUCUGCAGGCAAAUGGUGACCCUGCUCUUCCCGCUUUUCCACGACAACGGGCGCAGCGCUCGGACGCAAGACGGACAAGUGGAACCUGCUACGAUUAUCAAUGGCAUCAAUGAUUACAACCGCAGGUUCUCUGGUCAACCCCGAUCGCUUGUGGACCGUUUGCGGGACGUCCCCACGCUGCUCCGGCACGCUUUCAGAGAGAUGUUCUCUGUCGGUGGGCUCUUUUGGAUGUUCCGCAUUAGGAUCCUGCUGUGUCUGGUGGGCGCGUUGACCUACCUGGCGGCCCCGCUGGACUUAAUCCCAGAAGGUGUGGUCGGCCUGCUGGGCUUCAUGGAUGAUUUCUUUGUCAUCCUGCUCCUCUUCAUCUACAUCUCCAUCAUGUAUCGCGAGGUGGUGACGCAGAGACUGGUCGGCUGAGCGGAUCACACGCUCCUGCGGCACACCUGAGCGUCUAAGUAAUUCAGGAGACUGGAUUUCGUCCCAUCAGGGGGUAAAGUCCGCUUGUGCUUCUGUUCUUCACCAUUGUUUGGUGAAAUGUCACAUUUCCAGUUAAUGUAUCUCGCAAACCUGAACUCACUUUGGGAAGCCAAAUUGUGUAAACAAUAACAGUUGUUUCAUUUCAGGUCCUAUUGAGAAAAUAAUUUAUUUUUUCUUAUCCAAUGGAAAUUGGUAAUUUGUUUUUGUGUGUUUUAAGCAUAAAGAAAAUGUGACUUUUAAAACAAAAAGAAAACACUAUUUGACAAUAGGAUAUAAAACCUGUCCAGAUAUAAUUCCUAAUACAUUACACAUGUAUCUUGUUAUAUUUACUGGAAACAAUAUAAGAAUUUAUUUAAAUCCUGUUGCAUAUACUUUUUAGUAGACCUGAUAAAUGAGGCUUGGUGUUCUCCUACAGCCGAAGCCUAGAUUUUUCAGAGCCAUCAGUAAUGUUUCAUAUUGAGAAAGACGCGUCAGAAAGACAUUUUUCAAGCUGAAGCGUGCUGCGUAAAUCCUUAAAUCAGUUGCCUUAUAAUAAAGUCACAGACAGACGUUUUCAGUUGUAAAUGUUUUCUCUGAGGGUGACACAUCUUUCUGAAUGUGAUGAUUUCUGCAUUAAAGAGAGAAAAUCCUGUAUGGUCACUAUAAAAAGUGACAUUGAAUGACAGAGAUUGAAUGUAAUUGUGUGAAGAAUUUGUGCUUGCAGCUCAAUGUGAGAAAAAAAUCUUUAUUAAAGAUUAUAAAAC